AUGAGUCGCCGCCAACGAGAUGGGGCCAUCAAUCGGGCAACCAAAGGAAUUGGCGGUCUCAUAGGCCUUGCGGUCGAGGCGCAUGCCCAACACAAGAACAAAAAGUCAAGCACAGUUGUCACGCGACAUGAUGCCCUUGAGGACGCCAACGGCGCAACGAGGAGCGCAACACUCGGUAGUCAACAUGAAGUCCGGAAGAUCGACGAACAAGAAUCACUUUCCGACGAAGACGACGAAGAUGAGGAGGAUGCUUACGCCCUCGAAUCCAUCCUUCCACCAUCGUACGAUGAAGCAAUCUCUCCGAGCUCUUCUAGCACGACCCCAUUCACGACCAUAAAACCCCUCCCAUAUCCCAUAAUCCUGCCUCAGCGUCGCCCCCACCGUUCUUCGCGAGGGUUCAUUCGAGCAUACGCCCCUAUCCUCCAAACCCACAAAAACAUCUCUCAGACCACCUUUCUCCAAUUCCUCAAGGAUUUCCAACAGUCCUCACGUGCCUCCCCCGUGUUCCACGCAAUCAACAUCGGCGCCAUAGCCGCCGGGUUUGCCCCCAGCAUGAUUGCCAUGGCCGUAGGCAUGGGUGUGCAAUUUGGCGCGCAGCAUGCCAUGGCCAUUCAGGAGAGGGUGAGAACAAACAAUUUCCUCGACAAGGCGAACAGGGACAUGUUUUGGCCCGUGGGGCUGCAUGCGAUGAUCACGACUUUUUCACCCGCUCAAUCUAACCAACGAAUCCUGGACGUCGACACGGGCCGUCCACUUCCCUCAUCUGCCGGCGGAACAACAGACCGACGUGAACUCGCGAUUCCCCAAUCCGCACCGCUGAUCUUCCCAGAUGUCGACGAAGAAGUAGCAGGUGACAACAACGGCCAACAGCCAGCGUCGUCUUGGAAGCGGGGAUCAAAGUUCGUUAACUCGUACUUUGAUAGACGCGCCCAAGCCGCUUAUCCCGACACGUACGCCGAUUCAAAUGCCCAACAGACAUUCACCAGCCGCUACAGCGACCCAAACCAUCCCGCAAACUCGGGAAGUCCUCUCGCCCUCCUGACAGGUGGCAUCAUUAACCCCAGAGGCGACCAGGGCGGGCUGCUCUCGACAGCAAGGGACCUCAGGCGAUCAAGCUCACACAAGGACGAGGGAUUGUUGAUGCGGCUAGCACGGACUGUCUCGGAUGCUUCUGCUUCUCGAUCUCAACCCCAUCAUAAUUCUCCCGACUCGGAAGACCGUGCCACUGGCUAUCCAUCAUCCCGCGACAGCGCUGACCGGCGGCCCCAUCGUCGUCAACGACGUGACCGCCGCCGCGAACGGUCUGGGAGCCCACAAGGAGCACAUGGAGCAGCGCAAGGCAGUUCCGAUGGUGGACGCGGCGGACUCAGGCAAGUGCUCAGACAAGUCCCCUCGAUGCAGCAGGGCGUGCUGUACCUCGUCAUCGCCGAGAUUCCAGACUCGGUGAAAGAGGAAAUGGCGCGCACAAGACAAGGGUAA